AAACGUUACCUUUCGUUAAGAAUAACCUGCCCUUGAUUUCGCACUUCUAUAAUUCACAGUAUUAUUUUAAGAGGCAUGACUGGUCAUACCGCGAGCUGGAAAACAUCCUCACUGUGGUGACGUGCCGUGACGUCAUUCUCCGACAAUGAUGGCUGCCGCUGGAGCUUCAGCCUCAGAUAUCAGGGAGAAAAGACCCCUGUCUGGAGCUCCUGCAGCCCUAUAAACCACUGCUAUCAGCGUCCCGCAGCACUUGAAAAAUCACCUGAAGGGAUAAUGAGGAACACUUGGGGCGGCUGUUUGAAAAUAUCGCAAUAUUUCCCCUGAAUAUGUGUAUCGCGGAGCAGCGAAAAACAGCCGUUAAUCUGAGGGUGAUUUUCUGCUCGCGAUGAUUCACUGGUAAUUUUCCAGCAGCUCGAGACUCUCCUCAGACAAAAACACCAAGAACAUUUAAAAAAAUGAAAUUUACCGAGCAUCUAUCUGCCCACAUCACCCCGGAGUGGAGGAAACAAUACAUUCAAUAUGAGGCUUUUAAAGAAAUGUUGUACUCCGCACAGGAUCAAGCCCCAUCAAUCGAAGUCACAGAUGAAGACACCGUCAAGAGAUACUAUGCCAAGUUUGAGGAGAAGUUCUUCCAAACAUGUGAGAAGGAGCUGGCCAAAAUCAACACUUUCUAUUCAGAGAAGCUUGCCGAAGCACAGCGGCGUUUCGCCACGCUACAGAAUGAGCUGCAGUCGUCUCUGGACGCUCAGCGGGAGAGCCGUCGAGCCACAGGCCUGCACCGCCGCCGCGCUGUCUUCCACCUGUCGCAGCAGGAGCGCUGCAAACAUCGCAAUAUCAAAGACCUGCAGCUGGCCUUCAGCGAGUUCUACCUCAGCCUUAUCCUGCUGCAGAACUACCAGAAUCUAAACUUCACAGGUUUUCGGAAGAUUUUAAAGAAACAUGACAAGAUCUUUGAGACGAUGCGAGGUGCUGAUUGGCGUGAGCUUCAUGUUGAAGUGGCUCCUUUUUACACCUGUAAGAAGAUCACUCAACUCAUCUCUGAAACCGAGGCUCUUGUUACCGCAGAGCUGGAAGGAGGAGACCGACAGAAAGCUAUGAAGAGGCUCCGAGUGCCCCCGCUGGGAGCAGCGCAGCCUGCACCAGCAUGGACCACUUUUAGAGUAGGACUCUACUGUGGCGUCUUCGUCGCUUUAACAGUCACAGUCAUCAUCACAGUUGUUGGAAAACUGCUUGGUGACGAGGAGGGCAAUGUGUGGCCCCUGGUAAGAAUUUAUCGGGGUGGUUUCCUGCUCAUCGAAUUCCUCUUCUUGUUGGGCAUCAACACAUAUGGCUGGAGACAGGCUGGCGUGAACCACGUCUUAAUAUUCGAGCUCAACCCCCGCAACAACCUGUCCCACCAACAUCUCUUUGAGAUUGCUGGUUUCCUUGGAGUUCUUUGGUGUGUCAGUAUUCUGUCCUGCCUGUUCGCGAAGGACACAAUGAUCCCUAUACAAGUGAACCCUCUAGCUCUCUAUGGGUUUUUCUUCUUCUUCCUUAUCAACCCUUUCAAAACAUGCUACUACAAAUCUCGCUUCUGGCUUCUCAAAUUACUGUUUCGAGUGGUUACAGCUCCAUUUCACAGAGUUGGGUUUGCAGAUUUCUGGCUGGCUGACCAACUCAACUCUCUAGUAGUGCUUCUGAUGGAUCUGGAGUACAUGAUCUGCUUCUACAGUAUAGAGCUGAACUGGACCAAUUCUAAGGGGAAGCUAUUGAGUAAAGGUGGAGGGAUUUGUCACACAUAUUCAUAUGGAGUACGAGCUGUUAUCCAAUGUUUGCCUGCCUGGUUCCGGUUUGUGCAGUGCCUGAGGCGUUACCGGGACACAAAGCGUGCCUUCCCUCACCUGGCUAAUGCUGGCAAAUACUCCACUACUUUCUUCGUGGUCAUCUUUACUGCGCUCUAUAAGACUCAUGAAAAUUUUGAGGAAGGUCAGGUCUUCUUGUAUCUGAUGAUUGCCUGCAAGAUCAUUAACUCCUGCUACACCUUAAUCUGGGACCUGAAGAUGGACUGGGGUCUGUUUGACAAAAACGCAGGGGAGAACACACUUCUCAGAGAGGAGAUAGUAUAUCCACAGAAAGCUUACUAUUACUGUGCCAUAAUAGAAGAUGUAAUCUUGCGCUUUGCGUGGACCAUUCCGCUUUCCCUUGGGAUUGUGAAUGCAUACCCUAACAUUUCUGAUAUUUUGGCCACUAUCCUCGCACCUCUGGAGGUCUUCAGGCGCUUUGUUUGGAACUUCUUCCGUCUGGAGAACGAACACCUGAAUAACUGUGGUGAGUUCAGAGCGGUGCGGGACAUCUCAGUAGCGCCUCUGAAUGCAGAUGACAUGACGCUGCUGGAGCAAAUGAUGGACCAGGAGGAUGGUGUGAGGAACAGGAAAGGAAAGAAGAACUGGAAGAGAAGCUACAGCAUGUCCUUGAGAAGACCACGCCUCUCCUCCCAGUCCAAAGUCCGAGACACCAAAGUCCUGAUAGAGGACACAGAUGACGACACCUGACCUUUGCGUCCGCAAUGGCUCGAUAAAGUGUUUUUUAAAGGACCAUAGACAGCAGUGAGCCUCAACUCUUCAGAAGCUAUCCAAUCAAUCCAUCACAAAGCUGCCUGACCACAGACACACACACACACACACACAGACGCAUAUGAGCUCUCAACAAGAGCUGCCACUUCUUAGUUACUGUACUGUUUUCAAUUCCUUUUGUUGCUGCCUUGAUCAUUUUUGUGAAGAUACAAUAUGUGGAUCUUCAAGUGAAUUCCAAGGACAGUGUGUAUAGAUACGUCAGUUCACAAACCGCUUGAUUGGACUGCACUCAUACAAAUCAAACACCCGACUGUGGACAUUUCAUUGCAGCAGUUGUGAUCAGUCAAUCGGUUUGGAUACUUUGUCUUUCAAGACUUUUAUGAGGAGGGUAUGAAGACAUUCAUGUAGCACAUGGACUGGUUUACCCUCAUUCAUGAAAAUGUCAAUUUCUACUUUUUUCUUUUUUUUUUGAAUGUACAUUUCAUUGUUAUUUAUGUGAAUGAGAGAUGCCUUGACUGUUGCUUUAAACCUUGGACUUUUACCCUGGACCUCUGCAUGCUUUUGACCAACCCUCAGGUGGCUCUGAAUGAAAAAUACCAAUUUGACUUUUAUAGUUAUUAAAUACUUUGCCAUUCAAAGUCGAUUUAAACACAAACCACCGGCGUAGUUACCGAAUCUAAAAUGCCAAAUGCGAAUUUAUGCCUAUGUUUGUUGCUAAACAUUUUUCUUUCAUGUGUCUUAUAGUCAGUCUAAUUUAAAGAGGUGCUGCUUUUGUAGACCCAGAAAGAGAAAAACUCCACUUUCUUUUGCUUUAAGUGUGUCAGGCUCAUGUUAAGAGCUAGCCAAAUAUCUAAAGCAUUCCUUGAGAACAUUUCCUUAGCCUUCAUUUUAAAGCAGACUUCCUACAUAUCCUCCUGAAACUCCAUUUUGUUGUUGGUUUUUUUUUUUUUUUUUUUUUUAAAGACCUUAUUCUCUCGUCACAUUCCACUCGAGUAGCAUUCCAGGUCUCUGAUCAUUUUUGUUUUAGUUUUGUUUUUUAUUUCAGUCAGUGUCUUCCAGAGCAACUUCCAGACCACCUGAGGGUUUCAGAGGUUCCAGGAAGAGAACCGAAACCUUCCAUUUCUUUUCAGAUUAAGCUUAAGACGGAUACACGAAGCACAACGAAUUUGUGUGACUCAUUCGUAAAACUUGUUGCGUAAGUCAUGACGCAUUAGGCAAGGAGGAUGGCUUUCUGAAUGAUUAUGCCCAGGUAGUUCUCGUAUGAUGUUUUAUUAUCCAUUCCAGUUGGAAAUGUGUAUUUGUACCUCUGAAGACCUUGCUGUCUGUGAACGAGAUCGAUUUUAGACAUUCAUGAGAUUCAACUACGCUGCAAGACUCAGACUUUCACCAGCUACACCUCACAUACUAUGUCAUGUACUACUGUCCCAAGUAAAUGCUUGGACCAAAAAACAAAAAAAAACAAGGUUUCUCUGUUGAUGUUUUCUGGUGCCAUUUAAACUCCUUU